AUGGCAAGUUCGCCAACGAGUUUAGAGACGCAAAUAGACAGUUUUCUGGAACAAUUUAAGAGGAGCGCUUCGAAAGCAAUGGAAGAGAGAAUGGAGUGGCCCGAUGGAACUUCACCAGGCACCGUCGUUAAAUCGCAGAGCAGCUGCUUCGCUCUGGAUACAGCAGCUGUCGAUGCAGGCAGUUUUAUUAAAACGCCUGUAUUUGCGUACGGCAUGAUUGCACCUGCUCAUUCUAAUAGAAGAAUUAGAAGAGGCAUUUUUCUUGUUAAAUUACACGAAAAACUGAUGUGA